GCGGAGCACCGUAGCGGCGCCGAAUGACCGCCGCCGGAGGCUCGUCGAGCCGCUCGGCGUUGUUUUGGUUAGCUUCGGCUAGCUUCGUGUGUUUUUUCCGCUCCUGCCCGGUGGUUGCGGUGAUGGCUCUCCCGUGAGCUGGGAGAGCGGGGCUGCUUCUUUUCCCUGACUACACACCGAGUGAAGUGUCGCUGACAUGGCCGGGGUUUUCGACAUUGAUUUGGACCAACCGGACGACAACGUCUCCGACGACGAUCUUGAGGAUGGGGCUCAGCAUGGUGAAUACAUGGACCAAUGCAGCAGCUUUGACUUCAACAUGGACGGGUGUGAGAAGUUUGAAAUCUCUGAGAACAGCGUAAACAAGGGCACGGAGCAGAUCGGGCCGGAAUGCUUUGAGUUGCUCAAAGUUUUGGGAAAAGGCGGCUACGGAAAGGUCUUUCAGGUGCGGAAGGUGAUAGGCGCUGCCUCUGGGAAAAUAUUCGCCAUGAAGGUCUUGAAGAAGGCCAUGAUUGUGCGCAAUGCAAAGGACACGGCCCACACCAAAGCCGAGAGGAACAUUUUGGAGGAGGUGAAGCAUCCCUUCAUCGUGGAUCUCAUCUAUGCCUUCCAGACCGGAGGAAAGCUCUACCUGAUUCUGGAGUAUCUGAGCGGUGGAGAGCUCUUCAUGCAGCUAGAAAGAGAGGGAAUCUUCAUGGAAGACACGGCAUGCUUCUAUCUGGCGGAGAUCUCCAUGGCGUUGGGCCAUCUGCACCAGAAAGGAAUCAUCUACAGAGACUUAAAGCCUGAGAACAUCAUGCUCAACAACAAUGGACACGUGAAGCUGACAGACUUUGGUUUGUGCAAAGAGUCCAUCCACGACGGAACGUACACCCACACCUUCUGUGGAACCAUUGAAUACAUGGCUCCAGAGAUCCUCAUGAGGAGCGGACACAACCGAGCUGUGGACUGGUGGAGCCUUGGAGCGCUCAUGUACGACAUGCUGACCGGAGCACCUCCAUUUACAGGUGAAAACAGAAAGAAGACGAUUGAUAAAAUCCUGAAAUGCAAACUCAGCCUUCCACCUUACCUCACACAAGAAGCCAGGGACCUCCUGAAAAAGCUGCUGAGACGAAGUGCCUCAUCACGACUCGGAGGGGGAUCCGGUGACUCGGCUGAGGUCCAGGCCCACCCGUUCUUCCGGUUCAUAAACUGGGACGAUCUCCUCGCUCGCAAAGUAGAGCCUCCCUUCAAACCGUUUCUGCAAUCGGCUGACGACGUCAGUCAGUUCGACUCCAAGUUCACCAGCCAGACUCCAGUGGACAGCCCAGACGACUCCACACUCAGCGAAAGCGCUAACCAAGUCUUCCUGGGUUUCACGUAUGUAGCCCCGUCUGUGCUUGAAAACCUGAAGGAGAAGUUCUCUUUCGAGCCCAAGAUCCGCUCUCCACGGAAGUUCCCUGGAAGCCCAAGGACACCUGUGAGUCCGGUGAAGUUUGCAGGAGGAGACUGCUGGCCCCGUGGACCCCCACUGACGGAUACCCCACCCCUGCUCUCCCCCAGCAGCUCCAUAGAUCAGCCCAUGGAGGUGUCAGCGAUGGAGCAAAUGGACACAAGUAGCGGCUUCACCACGGAGACGUCCGCUCCUCUUCCUAUCAGGCACCCCUCAGGCCUCCACGCCGGGCCCUACAAGAAGCAGGCGUACCCCAUGAACUCCAGGCGGCCUGAGCACCUGCGAAUGAACCUAUGACACUCGGCUUACCUGUGAACUCCUCUUUGCUUUUUUUUUUUUAGUUUAUUUUUAAAAGUUUGUGAAACUUUGACCAUUUUGACGCUGAUCACCAGCUCUUCCAGCAGCGCCUUCUCCUCUUUGGCCGCCAAAGUCUGCCCAGCAUGGCCUCCUCACUGGUUUGUAUGCAGUGGGGGAAAUCCAUUCAGCUUUUGGCCUGGGGGGAGGUGGAGGUGGGGGGGGUUGAACUUAGCUGGCAUUAUAUGAUUUUACUGGUGCUCUUUUAACUCCAGAUCUGCGCUGUUUUUCCUACUGCGUUUAGGAGUUCUUGUCUCGGCGUGGAGAGGUUGUUUCUCCUUUAAAAUGCCUUUUCCAGGCUGCUCCUGUGAUCAAAAGACCAGCUUUCAGGUCAGAUUUGAAGCUAGCAACCUUUUAUGCGAUCGGACCGAUUCACACUUCCCUUUUGUGUUUGGGUCGGAGCGAGUCGGCGGAGCGUGUCCAGCGGUAAAACCAUCGAUGUAAAGAGACCAUCGUGACCAAAAGGCUUGCGCUGCUUGUGCCGGGGAAUGUUGGCUGUCGGACCUCUCUCCACAAGCUCUGCUCAGCAGCUUUGUUUUGAAUGUAACCCCCCCACCCCAAAAUCACACAUGCCGUGUCAUCGGCGCUGGAGACCAAAAUGUUUGACGACCCCAGACGCUCUGAUCCGGUGUGGGGUCGCUGCCUCUCGCUGAUCCAGGCUGCGUUCAUGUCUUCGUUGUUUUUGGCUGUUCUUUUUGUGCAGAAUCAGCGGUUUCAGUGUUAAAGGGAGAACUUACAGUAGCAGACCAUUGACUGAUGAGCUUUGUUGUAGUGACUGUGGAGCUAAGCCAUUUGACCCCCCCUGGUAUAAAUAUAAAAUGGACCACAUGGUUGGAGACAGAUUCCCAUGUCUGGCAGAGUCCAAAUGUUGGGGAAUCUCCUAAAUGGGCCAAAAAAAGAACCGUUUCAAUUAGCCUGCUGCGUUGAUUCUGGGAACAGAAGAACAGAAGUUGAAGAGUCAUCAGGUAUCAGUCCUGUUGAAUGUUUGGUCUGUAUUUUGAUCAUACUGACACUGUUUUACUUGUUAAUGCUUGAGGUUCUGUUUUUUUAUUACUCUUUAUUGCAUUAUUGAUGGUUUUGUAAGCCGUGAUCAGGGCUGUAAAAACGGAUCACCGUUGGACUGAACUGACUUUUUUUCCUUGCUAUGAAUCCUGUACUCCAACUCUUACUGAAGAUCAGUCACUCCCUUUUAGUUCCUUUUUUUUUAAUUUAUUUCAGCUGCCGUUUUGCUUCCACUGCAUUGGGCACUCUAUGCAAAAUGAUGUAUUUAUAUUGUAGUAUUAAGAGCUACAGAAUGUCUUCUUCUCACAGUAAAGAUGUACAGUGUAAUUUUAUUUCCACUCGACUCCUCUACCAACCUCUGACGGAGCGUGCAUUUGAAAUUGGCUUAAAUGUCUUAGAAGUAUUUUUGGGCAACAUUAUCACCCCCAUGAGGGGAUGUUUUUUUUUUUUUGUUUGUUUGUUUUUUUUUAGACUGAUUAUUGCAGAGGAAUAAAGAACAAUGGGAGUGGCAUUGUGCCUUUUAGUUACGGUGUACAUGGUGGAUGUACAAUUAGCUGGAAAUGGAAGCGUUUCUGGAAUUAAACCUCAAGGUUCUUUGACUUUUCCACAUUAUUCUGAAAUGUUCUGACCGGUAUCAGCUGUUUGGCUCUCCAGACACGGGCAGAGCGGCUCAACUAAAGCCGGCAGUUGUUGGCUGCUCAGAUCUGCCCACAGCGGUGUCCCAGGAUUAAAAACGUGUCGUCCAGCAGACUUCAGGAGGGAAAACGUCCGUCACCGGUGGGCAUGGAGCAGAGUUUCUUGUUGCAUUCCCCCUUUGAAGGGGCAAAUCAAGGAAUGGAAAUAUGUAUCAUGUACAUAAUAAAAUCAAAAAUAAAGAUAAUGGUUGUUUGUAA